ACGUCGCCUUGACACUAACAUUUAUGUCUGGAAAAUUCCAAAAGCUGAUGAUGAGAAACCACACGUCAGUUACAACAUUCAUCCUCCUGGGACUCACAGAUGAUCCUCAACUGCAGGUCUUACUGUUUAUUUUUCUCUUUAUCACCUACAUGCUGAGUAUAACUGGUAAUCUCACUAUCAUUAUCCUCACUGUAGUAGAUCUCCACCUGAAAACUCCCAUGUAUUUUUUCUUCAAAAAUUUCUCUUUCUUAGAAAUCUCCUUUACAACUGCCUGCGUUCCAAGAUUCUUAUACAGUAUUUCAACUGGAGACAGAGAAAUUACCUAUAAUGCAUGUGCUACUCAAUUAUUUUUUACAGAUCUCUUUGGUGUAACUGAGUUUUUUCUUUUGGCUACCAUGUCAUAUGAUCGCUAUGUGGCCAUCUGCAAACCUUUGCAUUAUAUGACCAUCAUGAACAACAAGGUGUGCAAAACAAUGAUUAUUUCUUGCUGGAUAUCAGCACUCAUGAUCAUCCUCCCGCCACUUAGUUUAGGCUUACAGCUGGAAUUCUGUGAUUCUAAUAUCAUUGAUCAUUUUGGAUGUGAUGCAAACCCUCUCCUGAAAAUAUCGUGCUCAGACACGUGGUUAAUUGAGCAGAUGGUUAUAGCCUCUGCUGUGUUGACUUUCAUCAUUACUCUUAUAUGUGUACUCUUCUCCUACAUAUACAUCAUAAGGACAAUUCUAAAAUUCCCUUCUGCUCAGCAAAAGAAAAAGGCCUUUUCCACCUGCUCUUCUCACAUGAUCGUCGUUUCCAUCACCUACGGCAGCUGCAUCUUCAUCUACAUCAAACCAUCUGCAAAGGAAGAGGUGACCAUUAACAAAGGUGUGUCAGUGCUCAUUUCCUCCAUAUCACCCAUGCUGAACCCUUUUAUAUAUACUCUGAGGAACAAGCAAGUUCGACAAGCCUCUCACGACUUACUCAAGAAAAUUGCAUUUCACUUAAAGAGGUAAAACGUGGCUAAGUUGACAAAUC